UGGAGUUUCAAAAACCAACAAAACCAGCCCAUAUUUUGACAUCUGCAGCGCCAACUGGGUUUCUUUUAGUUCAAAAAUUGAAGAACCUUAGAAAUCCACUGUUAUGGUCACAGACAAGCAAAAUUUUACUUGAUUAAAAAGCAACCAUCGCCUUCUUCCGGCAACACAAAAAGCAAACUAAAGCUAUAUCCCCAGUACAAAAAGCAGCCGAACGAUUAAUUUAUAAAAGAAAAAAGAGAAAUUCCUCAACAAUUCAUGUGAAUAAAGUCCUUAAAAAUCAUUUCUUGAACUAAGCAAAGUAUCACCAUUCACCACUGCCUCCACUUCUCGUCCUUUCCUUCCAGUUUCCUCUUCUUUCUUGCCUCCAUGUCUAAACUGUUAUUCGCCGCCCUCCCAUUUAUUCUCUCAGCUUUAGCCCAUGCCUACGUCAACAAAUGCAGGUCAUACUGCGGAAACAUCACCAUCGACUACCCCUUCUCACUUCAACAAGGCUGCGGCCACCCCGGUUUCAGAGACCUCUUGUUCUGCAUCAACGAUGUGUUAAUGUUUCACAUCACUUCAGGAUCUUACCGUGUCCUAGAAAUCGACUACGCUUUUCAAUCACUCACCCUCCACGACCCUCACAUGUCAACCUGUGACACCAUCGUACUCGGCAGCAAGGGCAACGGCUUCGGCGUUGAUCAUUGGAGAGCAACGUACUUCAAUCCGACGGCUGAUAAUGUGUUCAUGUUAAUAGGAUGCUCGGCUCAGUCUCCACUCUUCCAAGGUUUUCCGGGGCAGCACUUGCCUUGUAGGAACGUUUCCGGCAUGGGAUGCGAGGAGUAUUACGGGUGUCCGGCUUGGAAUUUGGUCGGCCGGAAAGGGGUGGGCUCUAUGUUUGGGUCUGGCCCGCCGGAGUGUUGUGCUGUGGCUUUUGAGUCGAUUAAAGCGAUUAAUCUUACGAAGCUUCAAUGUGAAGGGUAUUCUAGCGCUUACAGCCUUGCGCCGCUGCAGAAUGGUCGGCCGAGUGAUUGGGCUUAUGGGAUUCGUGUGAAGUAUUCCGUUCAAGGCAACGAUAAAUUCUGCAGAUCCUGUGAGGCCACCGGUGGCACGUGUGGGUAUGGCAGUGAUGGGGUUAGGCAACUCUGCAUGUGCGGGAGCUUGAACUCCACGUCGAAUUGUGACACAGUUGGGUCGUCGUCGUCAUCAAGCAGAAGAUCAUGGACUCUGUUUGAAACUUUUGCAGUUUCUGAAAAUUUUGCAGGAAAAUUUUUUAUGUUGAUGUCAGUGUGGCUGACAAUAAAUCAAACCUGAAAGCAAUUAUUAAUGGUGUUGAACUGCACCUGGGCUCAUCAUCUGCAUUCAAGUUUUGAUUUAUGUCCUAGUCUACUGAAGAGUGGGGGAUGUUUGCAUUUAUUAUGGGCAUUUAUCUCUGUUAUUUUUCCAUAAAUUUUUGUGUUCUUCGAGUUCUUAUACAGUGACCAUCUUAUUAUUUUCAUUUUUUGCUUUAA